CGGAGACCUUCAGAUCCAAAACUACAAGGUUACAUACAUACAACAAUCAAGGUCGGGGGUUCAGACAAGGGUCCAGGAGGAUCAAGUAAACGCUAGUCGUCGCAUAAGGGAGCAAUGCCGAGUUGCUGCUCAGAUGCUCCGGCUUUCCUAGCCAAGACACCGUGCAUCGUUUAAAUGUCACAUUUUCGGGUGCGCCAUCCCCUCUGACACCGCAUCUUUACCAAGCAGGGGGGAGAGCAACAGGACAGUUGUGCAGCGUGUACCCUUCUGCGCAACUCCCACCCUCAAGAACUCGCCGCUGCGCUCAUCAUCAAAGCCUGGCAUUCAACGCGUUUCUUGUUCGCACCAGAUGGUAGUGCGAUAUCGCAACAUGAGAAAGAUCGAUGGUGGUGGUGAUGACAAGUGGAAGGAAGCACUUGUGACUGCGCGACGCGUCGAUGACGCUACGCAGAAACGCCAUCAAACACGCGUUGUUCUUGCACACCCAAGCGACCGUGUGGACCUGAGACGCCUCGCCUCUGCCGUGUAAUCAUCUCGUGAAAUAAGGACGGAAGAACACUCGCAUCGACCGCGGAACUGAUUGACCAGCAAUUACCGAGUUUAACCCACUAGCUCCCUCAGCCUUCAACGAAUCAUGGGCGAUACCGCAACGCUCCGCCGGCAAUUGAAGAUCAAGACAGGCGUAAUUCUUCGCCUGAAGAAGGAGAAUGAGCUGUAUCAGAAGGAGGCCGUGGAUCUCCAGGUCAAGAAGGACAAGAUGGUCGCUGAGAACGGUGACGAGUGGGAGAUCAAGAACGCGGCAAGUAUAUCGCUACAACGAGGCAAGAUGCAGGAGGAAACAGCGAAGAUGAUCACAGAUUCUAAGGAGCGACUCGCAAGAUCAUUCGGCGAGCUUCGGGAUCUUGUGAUGCUCGCGAAGAAGGAACCUGAACUUGUGGAGGAGGAUGAAUUUCUCAAGGCUGAAGAAGCACUCGAAGAGGCGGCGCUAUAGUCUGGACGAAAACAAACGGAUUACCAGCUCAUGACUAUAUUCUGCGUGUGGCUGUAGCUUGGCGUCUUGGAGUGUGCGGCACCUGGACAGUAGCUUU